AUUAUAUUAAUUUUAUAAAUAUGCCUGCCAAACAUCUUUUGAAGAAGAAAGCCAAGAAGACUAAGACUUACAAAUAUGUUAUCGACUGCCAGGUAACUGUUGAGGAUAACAUCAUCUCCCUCGACUCCUUUGUGAAGUAUCUUAGUGAGAACAUUAAGAACGAAGGAAAGAAGAACAACUUUGGUGACAAGAUCUCUGUGUCUAAGGAGGGAUAUAAUGCCGUUGUUCUUGUGAAAGGAGAGUUCCCAAAGAGAUACCUUAAGUAUCUCUCUAAGAAAUACCUGAAGAAACAAGGUAUUAGAGACUACAUUAGAGUAUUAGCCUCUGGUAAGCUCGCUUACCAAUUGAGAUACUUUAAAGUCAAUGCUGGUGAUGAUGAGGAAGACGAAUAAUCGUUGUCUUUUUAAAAGAUUAAUCUUA